GAAAGUUCCCCGGUUGCCCUUUGACCUCCUGCGUGCCAUCCAUUGACGGCCGGCGGCUGCCCCGCUCUGGCGGCGUUCACGCCGCGGGUGUAAAUUCCUGUUUAAGACGCGUGUGUCUCGUCAACCUGGAUGUCGGAACCGGUUGAAACAGAAUGUCAACAAGUGACGCAGUCCACUCGCAGGCGCCGACAGUUGAAGUUGGAGGAGAAACUGCGACGCCUCCGCGCGGGCAAGCACACGCAGAACGGACCUCGACUGCAAGGUGGAGACAUUUGCGGUUUGAAUUUAAGUGCGACAAGAAAACAAGUCUGGUUCUGCCCUGGCCUCGCUUUAAUGUUGCAAAUCACUGCGAGGUCAUUAAGAUCCAUCGGGAAGAGGCAUUUAGGGGACAGGGGAACGGGCAUGAAACUACACAUCUGCAGCACUCUUGCCGCCGUGCCAACACACAUGAAAGAACGCCCAAAGCACUAAUAUUUGGAGCAGACGGACCGAGGCAAGAGGUGGAUAUUGAUUGUGGGCCCAGAUACACCACCCGAAUUGUGUUGAGACUCUCCAACAACCUGGACCUGGAUACAUCUGAGAUCAGACUCAAGAGGAAGCAAGACUCCUGUGUCGAUAGUUCAAAUGAGCCACAAAGGAGUAAAACGGUGGGGAGCAGCGCUCAAGUGAAUAAACAAACUUCAGUACCAGACACUUCCAGAGAAGUAACAAGUGAUUCUCCGAUACCAGAGAAGAUACAAUUUCUGGCCAAGAAGGACAAAGACAUUAUCACAGUUGCUUGCAAUGGUCAUAAGUCCAGAAUUAGACUUCCAUGUGGAUCCACUGAAUUAGAGCAAACUGUAAAGGACUGUGCCAAGCUUGAGAAGCAAACUGAUGUUGAGGCGCUGUCUGACUCCACUGAAGUCAUGUUGUCUUCUGCUAUGGUGACAGUUCUUGCCCCCACAUGGAGUGGCCGACUUCGACAGUCCAAAAGGUUUGAGGCGACAGGCAGUUUGGAAACCUUGGCAAAUCUACCAGGUGUGGUAAACUCUGAGGCAAGUCAUUCACAGGAUUACUCUCAGGGGUCUCAAAGUGGUAUGGGGAGGGUGUUUAAUGUAUCGCAAGCCCAGUCAAGACCUCCAUUUCUGAGUAGUAGGCAAAAUACAACAGGUUGGUCCACUAAAAGUGGUCCGCAAAUCUUGGACUAUGAAUCGAGGAGUAAAGUUGCUCGAACAGUCUCGUUGGAUGGAAGCGCUAAAGAGCCAGAAAUAAAAAAAGCGGAAGCAAGUUGUACCUGGGAUCUAUAUGGGCAAAAGAGGAACCCUCAAGAUGGUUAUCCAGUGCGACUCUCAUCUUUGAGUUCAAAACCAACAACGAGCAGUCUUCUUCUGUCAUUAAGAAGAAUAAAUAAUCAAAACAUGAACUCUCAUAACCCUACUCCAUCUGAGGUCAAGCCAAUGUCUCUGAAGAGUGACCAAGAUGCAAAACUCAUCUCAAGACACCCGUCUCAACCCUUUCACAAAAGACUUGAGCGAGAAAAGUUAAAGCCGCUCCCCUCUUCAUUGUCCAUUUCUCCUAGGGAACCAGAGACGCAACCAAUUAGUACAACACCAUUGACUAAUUACAAUAAAAUAGGCGCAUCGAAAACAAGCUUGUUUUCAUCUUCGACCAUGAACAAGGUCACAAUUGACACACCCAAACAACCACAAAGAGUGAAUAAGACACAGCCAAGUCUUCCAUGCUCUAGUGAAGCAUUUCCCAGUCCACGACCAUCGGAAAAUGAACGGAAUUGGAGCGGUUCAGGAAGUGGCUUAAACCUAUUUUCUGACAGUGUCGUAUCGUCACAUAAACAUAUUCAAUAUGACUCUGGUUUGCUUUCAGAAAGUGGCACACCUCCCAGAAAAACAUCUGGGACAUCCUCUUCCAGGUGGCAACAAAAUAGCCAUAAGAUCAGUGCUACUGCAGUUCACACAGACACACCCAACAUCAUAAACAAGCCAAACACACCCAUAAUUCCUCUAUGUAACAAUAAUUGUGACGCACCAGCUCUAAGUCCAACUAAUAACAGAAGUCUUAACUGUCAAAUCUCAAAUAGCACCAACAGUGCCACGACAGAGCCAGUUUGCAAUGGUAGCGUCAACCCUGUGAUGAAGCCACAGAAAGCAGGAACUGGUAGUGUCAAAGAGAAACAUUCUAACUAUUCACUUGACAAAGUAAGGCUUUCCAAACAACUAUACGAGUCCAGUUUAAGAAAACUACAGCCACAAAAGUCUCAAAGUUUUCCUGACGGGCAAUCUACUCUUGAUCACCCAAGAGAUUCCAUUAAGCAUGAUGUAAGUAAUGGUUCAUAUAAAGCACAUGUGAGUGAAUUGGCACCCACUUUGUUAAAUCCAAAUAGCACUGCACCUCGUGAGAGCAAAUACAGAAAUGAUCAUUGUUCGCUCAUAACAAAUAACACUCAUCAAAGCAAGACAAUUAAUCGGGUUUCAUCUUAUGAUAGCACCAUCACUCUCAAGAGUCAGGUUGUUGCCUCUAAAAAUGUAGCUGGUUUCUCACAGAAUCCAAUUGCCCGUCCGUCAUUUCAGUCCAAACCCGAUUUUUCUCAGACAAAUAUUAACAUUUCAUCAUUGAUUGGCUCUACAUCCCAAACACCAAAAGUCGCCAAUAGAGCCACCACCAACACCACACCUUUUGGGUUUAGAAGAAGUUAUGCUGCCACCCCAAAGCCUUUCCAACCAAAAACCGAGUCCCGCCAUGUUCCAAUGGCAAAUAACACUUCCAAUGAAAACUGUAGUCCUGGAUCUAUGACCGCUUCUCUCGCCACCCCUACUACUCCCACCCAGAUUAGUUCUACCAGUACUCCUGCCAUGACAUCACAUCUCCAAACACCCUCAACAUCUCCAAUCAGUCCAAACCGAAAAGUGGGAGGAAUAUUAACUAACCAAUCAGGAAAAGACAAUAAAAAAUUGGGCCUAGGGCACAGAAAGAAAGUGAAACAUGUCAUGUGGGAGGACGCUGAGAAUUCUGAACCCACUAAGAGUCCAGAUCCAUCUGUCCUGACAAGUCCACUAUCCCGCUCAAGGUCCCAGCAAGACAUCAGAGCACCAUCCAUCUUCUCUUUUCUAAGAUCAAGCAGUCAAAACACAAAGAACACUUCUCUUUGCACUACAUCACCCAAGACCUCUAACCUGCAGGGGUGGAAAGGAGAGAAAUAUCAAUCCUUGUCUUCUGACUCUGAUGAUCGAACAUUGAGAGAGGGAGGAGAAUCAAAAGAAAACCCCAGUGAAGCAAUGAGCUUUGACCAAAAGAGUAGAGAAGCAACGCCGUGCAGACUGCGGAGGUCACUCUCAUUGCAGGCUGAUGAAUUCCUGUAUCAUUCAACUGCUCUCACGCCACCUCCUGACUUUUCAAAUGGAUACAAGAUCCGUUACAGCCCCCCACCUUACUCCACUCUCAUCUCCACCCGCAGUGAAACUAAGAAGGCAACUCCUCGGACACCACUCUUCCCAAAUCUAAACGCCAACUCAAAUUAUACCUCAAAUCAUCCAGCACAUUCUCAUCUAGUUGCAGAUGCAACCUCACCUAACACAAAACCAUCACCUACAAAUUCACCAAAACCAUUGUCCUCUCCUCUGCAGAACAGAAUGUUAUCACUUGAUAAUUCAUUGUAUAGUGUUUCACAAACAGAUGAAAUCAACAAUAAUAGCUACAAGAGCAUAUGUCGUAAUCAACAAAAUGGCCGCCUAUUACUUGUUGAGAGCAGCGUUGAUGUCAGCCCACAAUCUCUGCAAAGCUCAAAAAUGGAGAUAAAUGCUUCUGCUCCAAAGACCACAACGCCUCAAUCAUUGCAACCUUUCACAAAGACGCUCCCUUCUGUGAAGGCAAAGCCAAGUGAUUCAAAUCAAAGCUCUAGUGGCAGCAGCUCAGCGGAUAGUCAGUCUGUGGGUGAUGACAUUGGCAACAAAAAAAUGGAAAGUGUGAUGGGUAAAUUCAGACUUUUCUCAGCAGAGAGCAACAAUGAGCAAGGCCCAAAGAGACGACGUCGUUUUGGGAUGAAGAAAAGUGUCAGCACGCCAAACUCAGAAACUGAGAAGUCAAGCAAGAGUUCUAAUAAAAUGGACCAGGUUAUCAACAAACUGAGACAAACUUUCAGCACUAAACGCCCUGAUGAUGAUCUGAGGCGAGCCUCUGAUACGCCCUCUGUCAGUGGACAGACCGGUACCAGCAAUACCAGUGAUACCACAAUUGAGAGUAACAGAACUGCAAAGUGUGAAGAACAAGAAGUCAGGCUGAAGGACAAAGAAAGGACCAAACAGGGUGAAGAGUGGACACAGAACAGCUACUCGAUCAUACCUACCUUAUCGGUACAAACCUCCAUGACAGAAAAUGAGUUAUUUAUUUGGCCGAACCAGUCCAAUGCCAAAGACCAAGACAAAUUAAGAUUUGGUGCAAAAAAAGUGUCGGACCAGAUUGAUGUUAAGAAUAGAGCAACAAACCAGUUCCUUCUGUGUAUAGAUCAUAGUCCCAAUAGGAGCCCUAAACUCACUGAUAGUCAUUCUACUAAGUUUAGGAACUCUACAUCCAGUUCCAAGAGUCCAUUCUCCCCCUUUUCCUCUCUUUCCACUCACUCGCCAUUUUCCUCACCUGAUGUGGCAGACGACAGUGUUUUCUACAGCCCAAAGAUGCAAUGCCGCAGGGAGACCUCAUCACCAUGUGAGCCGGGGGAGGGAAUCAGUCUGGUGAGUUCACGGAGAAGCCGGGCCUCCACAGGUCCACCAAAUACAGGUCCAGCACAGGACGAGGCAUCGUGCUAUGCCGAUUUAAAGUAUGGCAUUGAGCCUGGGAGGUCCGUUUCUGUGAGCUCUGUACUCUCCAGUCGGCCAUCAGGGCCUGGACGAAUCUCCACCGGCCCCAGAUUCACGAGUGUGGGUGAUCUCUCCGAAUCAGUCCCAACUUACGGACGAGCUGAUGAGGAUUUUCAUCAGUGGUUAGAGAGGAAUUUCAAUCAUAGACCAAUCAGUCAGAUGCAGUCCUACUUCCCCAGUGACGCCGGAAAACUCAGAUCAAGAUCUCUUCCUCGAUCACUGACUCGGAGUCUGGCCCAGUGGAGCUCAGGUGUCUCUAAUUGUUCGCCUGCAGACACCACGUCGUCACUGUCGCCCCAUCGUUGGAGUCCCAACAUGAACACUUGUCACUUUGAGUGGGAUACAGUGAGCCCCCCGACUCCUCCUCCAACACCUCCUCUGUCGCCGCAACCCAGACGCAUGUCCAAACCUCCCAGCCUUUCCUCGCCUAAUUUUCCCAGCCCAACUGGAGAAUCACUGGACAGACAGUCCCCCAAGGGGCAUUUGCCCUCUCGGAAUUAUGUAUCCAGCCUAAGCACAUUUGAAGAGUCCUCAGACAGCAGCUCAGAUACAACUACAGAUGAUGAAUAUUAUUUCGAAAAAAGUGAUGAAGAAGAAAAGGAGACCGAAUUGUGACAGCAGUCACAAUUUGAUUGCUAGGUUCUCUUGUUCAUAUUGUAAAAAUAAGAUGACGUGCAACAGAAACGUGCAAAGGAAAGUUAAGAAUGUAGGUUGACAGUCAUAGCAAGUGACUUAAAAUGGCUCGUCUUCGUUGUAUUCAAACGUGACGUCAAGAUGACAUUUCUUCUUCUUCGAUUAUGCUGCAUCUCUUCCAAGAGACAUCAGUGCUGCCUAGCAUGUUGCUGCACAACGUGGUACUACACUGAUGGCACGUAACUAUUUUUAGACUUUCCUGUAUACUGUUAAAAAAAAAAAAAAAGUCACUUAAAAAAUCUGCAAUAUAGCAGGGGCGCGGAUGAUGACAGGGUACACUGUAAAGUCAAGUAUGUACGUAAGCACAAUGAUGCUCUGCUAAUUUAUGAUAAAUAAUGGAUGCUUAGCACUCAUUUGGACAGCUGCAUGGCUUCAGUGUGGGAAUUACAUCUGUGUAAGUAGUUUUCAUCCUAAAGUUUGCUAUAACGCAUUCAUUUCAUUCCACUGAGAUUCCUGGUUUUCCGUCCGGUUUUUGAGAACGGAACAUACUUUUAUUUGUUCAUAUUUUGUGCGUUUAUAACAGUACACCAGAGCUGAACAUUUGCCAAAAUGGUAUGUCCGUGUUCAAUUUUAUUGACAUCUUUUGUCAUGUUGCAUCGUGAAUGGUUGCUGAAAGUGUAUCGACCCCACUAGGUAGAGCCACUACACUGUUAUUGGGCUUUUAUCCACUUGCUGCUUCAAGGCGUCGUAGUCGCGACGUCUGGUGGAAUGCAUCGUGGUCGUCUCGGACCAUACUGUUUCUUCUGCUGCUGAGCAAUAACUCCAGAGGGGAAGGAGAAUUAACGUUCCAAAAUAUUUUAGUUUUGUGUGCUUGAAAUUGUUGUUAAUGUUUUAAAUGUAAAGCUGAGUUUCAUUUUCUUAACCACUUUUUUAUUUUUUUAAUGGGUAAAAGAAUCAUACUGGAUGUGGUAAUUUAACAUUGUUGUCAAACAUAAAAUGCUUCAUAUAGUGCCUGACAUUGUUUGCCCAGACCCAAUAUUUGCACAUUGACAAUUCAAAGUCCAAAUAUAUGUGUUUUAUGAAUAAAUGCCAUGUUUACAACAA